AUGACGCCUUCAAGCGUAGGUUCGACGCCCCGGCGGCUGACGAUGACGACGACGAUGAUGACGAUGAUGAUGAUGAUGACGCUCAUCGUGCAAGUGCGGCCUCAGGGCCUGGACCUGGCCGACGCGCUGAACCCCGCCGACGCUCCAACUACGCCGGCGCCGCUGCCAGGCACCAAAGCGCCAAACAAGGGCAAAGGAAAACCAGCCGCCGACGAAUUCGACCUGGCCGACGCCCUGAACCCCGACAACGACAUCGACCGCGGCGAGGGGCGCAGACGCGGAGGAGGGUUUUCUGACAGCGACCUGAUUGACAUCAGCAGAGACGACGGCUACAGACCCGACAAAGGCAAAGGCGGGCGAGCGAACGGCGAUCGCGAUCACGUCAACCAACGCGACGACAACGGCGAGACCACCGCCGAGGUCGGCACCAUCGCGGGCAUCGUCAGCGCAGUGGGCGUGGCGCUGGUGGGCGCCGUCAGCAGCUACAUCUCGUACCAGAAGAAGAAGCUGUGCUUCGGCAUCCAGCAGAGUCUGAACGCGGAGAUGGUGAAGGCUGACAAUCCGGAUGCCGCGCUGGCAACAGAACCGCAAGUCGGAGAGACGCUCCUGGAUCGGGCCGACAACGUUGUGUGACGGCGCGGCACAAACGCGUCGACGUGACGACGGGCCUUCGGACGGACGACGGCGCCACGUUUCAGGUUUCUUUAUCGUGGAAUAUUUCGGAGGGAGUUUGUCGAAUUGCUUCAGCCCAAACGUUCCUGUUCCUGUGCACUGACUAGAGAGUUUCCGAGCUUCCUGUAUAAUGUGACAUUUUCACUUAUUCAUUAAUUUAUUGCUUCAUCUGUACAAGUAUUUUUAGUUUAGAUUUUUGGGGGAGGGGGGGUUGGGGGUCUUUAUUCUCCGUAGUCGUCUUCAUUAACUAUACGCUGGACUAAUAUGGCACCGGCGACGUGUGUACUUGGAUCUCUCCGCAGCAAGCUGAACACUUUGUCACGUCACUUUUGCGGCGCUCUUUUGUCGACGAAAACUUAGACAAUAACUGUACGCCAUGCUCACGGUAAUAAUCCUGAUUUGCUGACAGCUGAAUGUUUGUGUGUAAAGCCCUUUUCACUUCUACGCCACCAAGUUGCAUCGGCUAAAUAAAACACUUGGCAGGACCGCGA